AUGUCAGAGGGAGUCUAUCAAAACUCAGAUGGAUUUGAAGACGAUGAGCCUGAUGCAAUGAAGAACACAGACAUUGACGGCCAAUUAUAUGCCAACGUAAGAGCCUUCAAGUCCAGUACAAGAAAUGGAGUUGUUGCAUCUGAUGGAGUCACUGAUCAUCACAACUCAACAGAGAUAGACCAGCUACAGGACAGCAACAGCCUUCUGACUAAAAAGAGAGACCAGCUACAGAACAGUUACAACACCCUGACUAAAGAGAGAGACCAACUACAGACCCGUUACAACACCCUGACUAAAGAGAGAGACCAGCUACAGACCAGUUACAACACCCUGACUAAAGAGAGAGACCAGCUACAGACCAGUUACAACACCCUGACUAAAGAGAGAGACCAACUACAGACCCGUUACAACACCCUGACUAAAGAGAGAGACCAGCUACAGACCAGUUACAACACCCUGACUAAAGAGAGAGACCAGCUACAGACCAGUUACAACACCCUGACUAAAGAGAGAGACCAACUACAGACCCGUUACAACACCCUGACUAAAGAGAGAGACCAACUACAGACCCGUUACAACACCCUGACUAAAGAGAUAGACCAGCUACAGACCAGUUACAACACCCUGACUAAAGAGAGAGACCAGCUACAGAACAGUUACAACACCCUGACUAAAGAGAGAGACCAACUACAGACCCGUUACAACAACCUGACUAAAGAGAGAGACCAACUACAGACCCGUUACAACACCCUGACUAAAGAGAGAGACCAGCUACAGACCCGUUACAACAACCUGACUAAAGAGAGAGACCAGCUACAGACCAGUUACAACACCCUGACUAAAGAGAGAGACCAGCUACAGACUGAGAAAAAAAUUCUUAGUGAGAGGCUUUCUAAUCUCAGUGAGUAA